AUGGAAAAGAAACCAGGCCAAAGCUUUAGGAAAUACGCGCAGAGAUGGAGGGAGGUUGCCGUACAAGUUCAGUCGUCUUUUCUAGAAAGAGGGAUGACGAUGCUUUUCGUCAACAUAUUGAAGGCACCAUUUAUUACACAUAUGUUAGGAAGUACUACUAAAAAUUUUUCCGACAUAGUUAUGAAUGGCGAGAUGAUAGAAAAUGCUAUCAGAAGCGGGAAAAUAGAUGCUGGAGAAAAUAGCAGAAGGGCGGCCUCGAAGAAGAAAAAGAACGAGGUCAACAACACAAGUUCAUAUUUGAAGACGAUUCUGAUGAAAUUAGCGGAAAAGUGGUCAUUAACCGAAGGAUCAUCAAAGCAGAGAUCUGAUACAAGACAAAAUACAGAAAAGAUUCAAUUUACGCCAAUUCCAAUGACGUAUAUUGAGCUAUAUCAGAAUCUAUUCAACGUACACGUGGUUUCCCCUUUCCACUUGAAACCUCUGCAGCCUCCAUACCUCAAGUGGUACGAUGCAAAUGCACAGUGCGACUAUCACGCGGGAAUUGAGGGGCAUUCUAUAGAACAUUGUACGGUGUUCAAGAAGCUGGUGGAAAGACUUAUAAGUAUGGGUGUGGUUAAAUUAGAUGAUUCGCCCAGUACAGAAAAUCCGUUACCUAAUCAUAACAGAGUGAACAUGAUAGGUAGGAGCAUGGGUAGAAAAAUUAAGGAAGACAUAGCAGAAGUGAAAAUUCCUUUGAAAUGGGUCUGGAGAAAUAUGGUAAAAAGGGGAUUGAUUGUUCCGAAUUCAGAGAGAAGCUUCGAAAGGAUGGAAAAUUACUGUGAGUUCCAUCACGAGGAGGGACAUGAAAUCCAGGAAUGCACUGAAUUCAGAGCCCUAGUUCAAAGCCUGAUGGAUAAUAAAGAAAUGGAAUUUUAUGAGGAAGUUAGAGAGGAAGGGAGUAUUUGCACAUCCGAAUCCUCGAAGGUUCCAAGAGUAGCGCAGCCUGUGGUCAUCAUCUCGCGACCAAAGAAGGAUGAAGUGAGAACGCCAGUGAUGCCAAGAAUCAUAAUAAAGAAACCUGCAACCUUUUCUUACCAGGACAGUAGGAAGGUUCCAUGGAGCUACGAGUGCAAUACAACUGUCCCUGGAAAAGAGACUACAAAGGACCAGUGUGUGAGUGCCAAACCAGAACCUAUGAAAGGGGCCAUAAUAGGAGAGCAGAAAGGGAAAAUAGUUGAGCUAGUAAAGGAGGAAGAAGCUGUGGAAUUACUCAAAUAUAAUAUUGUCGAGAAGUUACAUAAACAACCGGCUCGCAUAUCUGUACUAGCCUUACUCUUGAAUUCAAAAGUACAUCGAAAUGCACUAAUGAAGAUGCAAAAUGAGACUUAUGUGUCCAAUGAUAUUUUCUGUCAGCAAACUAGAUCGGUUGGUCAAUAA